CGAAACAGACGACACCGUCAUCAACACACACGUGUACGGUGUAACGUCUAACGUGUUUCUUCGACUGUGCAUCACAUUUCUAUUUUGCAUUAUAACUUUCCAAAGUUAUCGUGAAUAAAAUGGAAAAAGAGGAAGAUGUUGAACAAGCCAGCUUAAACUUUAUUCCGUGCCUGGCUUGGAUUCGCCGUGGCGUUGCCAAAUUGAAUCCGGAAAAGGUUGAACUCACAAAAGAAGAACUCGAGGCUCUAAUUGGUAAAACAAAAGGAGAGUUGGCAGAGCUAGAUGAAGAAGACAAAGAAGAGAACGAGGAAGAUAAAGAAGAGAUGGAUGAGGGUGAAGCUGGUGACAAUGAUAAUACAGACAAAAUAGAUGAAAAAGUGGACAGCAAUAUGGAUGAAGAUGCUAAAAUAGCAGCAGAAUAUGGAUUGGAUGACUAUGAUGAUGAUGAUGACAAUGUUCUCAUGGGAAUUGAGAAUUUAGCUGUAUUCUCUGAUGAGACUCAAGACCCUUAUGUCACAAAGCCAGAUGAUGAAGACAGUGAAGAAGAGGAUGACUUUAACCUAUUACCUACAGACAAUCUCAUCGCCGUCGGGCACGUCGAAGGAGACGCUGCCAUUCUUGAAAUCUAUGUAUAUAAUGCUGAAGAAGCCCAUCUUUAUGUACACCACGAGACAUUCCUGCCCGCUCUUCCCUUGUGCAUGGAAUGGCUAGACUUUAAUCCUAGCGAAACAAAACCAGGCAACUACUUGGCUGUUGGUAGCAUGUCUCCCAUCAUUGAAGUUUGGGACGUGGAUAUCGUCGGCAGUCUAGAACCUGAAUUUCGAUUAGGCAAAAAGAAGAGCCGCAAGAAGAACAUUGCAGGUGUUGGACACAAGGAUGCCGUCCUCAGCCUCUCCUGGAAUAAUCGCGUCAGAAAUUUAUUAGCGAGCGGAUCUGCAGAUCAUACAACAAUGUUGUGGGACAUGAAUAACCAGGUGGUAGCCUCUACACUUCCUCAUCCGGAGAAGGUGCAGAGCUUGCAGUUCCACCCUUUUGAAAUUCAAACACUAUUGACGGGCUGUUGUGAUCAAAAAGUUCGUGUUUACGACUGCAGAAGCGAAAGCUUCAAGAGCUGGAAAGUUGAAGGUGAAGUUGAACGAGUACUUUGGGAUCAUUUCAACCCGUACUGCUUCCUGGCCAGCACCGAAGCGGGUCAUGUCUACUACAUGGACGCCCGUAACGACGAGAAACCUCUGUGGCAGUUGAAUGCUCACACGAAAGCGUGCACGGGGCUGUCUCUCAGUUCGCAAUGCCCGGGAUGCCUCGUCACCGCAUCGCAAGACAAAAUGUUCAAAAUCUGGGACAUUCAAUCCGGCAAGCCGACCUUCAUCGGAGAGCACGAUUUCAAAAUAGGCGGAAUCUACGUGGCCAACGCCUGUCCAGAUGCUCCUUUCGCCUUCUGCAUGGGUGGCGACAACCGUAGCGACAACUUCAAAGUCUGGGAUAUUCGACAAAGCUCCGCCGUAUUGGACAGAUUUGAAAGAAGGCAACUCGUUCAACCGUUAAUCCAAACAUGCCCGUCUGAACCAGCAGCAACAACCAACCAAUCAUAAUUUCAAUUCUUUGUUUUUUUUUUUUAAGUACAUUGAUAAACUACUGGAUAGGGACGGAAAUGAAAAACAAGUAAAUUUCUCUUUUCUGCUGACA